CAGCCACCAUGCUUCCUUUCCUCACAAAGAGCGUCCCCCUAAUCUUCCACCUCUUCCUAAAUGUCAGUUUGUGUCUAAUGGGCUGGACACACGCCCUGAGGGGAGACAACUGCCCGAGCUCUCAGUGGAACGUGAUGUGUCGCCCGUGUUGUGAGUACCACCUGAUCCAGUGUCGGUGUCCAUCAAAAGGCACAAGGGUAGGCUACACUGUUCCCUGCUGCCGCAAUGUCCUGGAUGAAUGUGACCCCUGUAUUGUUCAUCCAGGCUGCAGUCUAUUUGAGAAUUGUAAAACCUGCAACAAUGGAACAUGGAGAGCUAAUGAUGACUUCUUCGUGAAUGGGAAGUAUUGUACUGAGUGCCGUCAAGGCUGGAGUGGAGGGGAUUGUAAAACAUGUGGAGGCAUCAUUCAGCGAGCUCAGGGUCACAUAGCCCUGGAGAGUUACCCAACAAAUGCUCGAUGUGAAUGGAUAGUGCAAAUGGAGAGGGGGAGCAGUAUCCAGCUCAGAUUUUCACUGAUGAGUUUGGAGUCUGACCACAGCUGUCGUUACGAUUACGUCGAGGUCCGUGAUGGUGACAGUCUGACUUUUCCUGUGAUUGGUCGGUUUUGUGGGGAUCAGCUACCUCCUCCAAUAAAAAGCUCCGGGAACUUCCUACACAUUCUCUUCACCUCUGAUGGCUAUAAUAACUUUGAUGGUUUUGUUCUUACAUUUCAGGAAAUUUCAGCCAUCAAGAAUGUAGCAUGCGCAGCACCAGACAAACCAGUGAAUGGAUACCUGCUGCCUGUAUAUGGUCCAGAAGAGGAGCUCAUAUUGGUAAACUACCGGUGCCAUCCACCUUUCAGGCUGACUGGCAUGCAGCAGAGGACCUGUCUACCUAAUGGCACAUGGAGUGGCACUGCUCCCUCGUGUGCAUUUUUCUCUCUUUUGUCUCAACUGCAUACAGGUCAAACAAGCCUGGUCCGGUGUGCUCCUCCACCCAAACUGCUCCACGGAUAUCACAGACCUGCUCUUGACUCAGCUGGAGGUGCUGAGACAAUUGAGUUUUUCUGUAAAACCUCCUACAUUUUAAGUGGAAACCACCAGAGUACCUGUCUCUCUAAUGGAUCCUGGAGUAGCAGGUCACCAAAAUGUGUUAGAGUCUGUCGAGAACCCAGAGUGUCUGAACUUGUACGGCAAAGUGUUACUCACCUCUCAUCCAGAUACAGCGUGGAUGAUUUGUUGUCCGCUGGCUUUAUUCCACUAACAUCCGGUGGAUUGUCCAGAGAGAAAAAUGAUGACACCUCUUUGGCCGAGAUACCUCGAGGUUUUCACCCAGUCUACACUAGCAUCGACUACAAGUGUGCUUCACCUCUCUAUCGAAACAAAGGAAGCUCUCGACGCACCUGUCUGAAGACUGGAAGGUGGAGUGGGCACUAUGUUUCCUGCUCACCAGUUUGUGGCAAAUUUGACGCUUUCAGCAGACACAACCUCUCCGACACUCAGUGGCCGUGGCACGCAGCCAUUUAUAUCCGCUCACCACCUGAUCACACUGUGAGCACCUACACGUCCCCUGGAAGGAUCAUAACAGACCAGCAGGGGGCCUCAGAGGAGUCCACAUUCUGGUUCCUGGCCUGCAGUGGAGCUCUUGUCGCCCAGCAUAGAGUCCUGGUGGUGGCUCAGUGUGUGGUAGACAAGAACAAGCAGCAGCCCAUUCAGCCUGAACAUGUGAAGGUUGUCAUAGGCAAGCAAUACCAUACACCCAGGGAUGUGUUGAAAAGCCAGCACCACCUGAGGGUUUCAGAGAUAGUAGUCCAUCCAAAUUUUUUCUCCUCACCAGACUCUGAUGUGGCUGUGCUUAAGCUAAAAGACAAGGCCAAGAUCAGAGAACGCGUGUUGCCUGUGUGUCUACCCAAAACGCAAGGAGGGGAGGUGACUGCGCAGGAGGCUUACACCGCGAGGUGGAUUUUACCAAACAAUCCGAGGCACCUGGGCCACUCUGCAACCUUGAGCCUGACAAAACUUGUUGAGCUGACUGAUGUUACUCAUUGUGAAAGAGAAUUUGCUCAAGGAGGGGCACAUACCACAGCGAUCAGUGACAAUUCAUUGUGUGUCAUUAGCAAACCGUCCAGUCCUCAGAGCGCCUGCCCAAUUGUUAUUCCAGGCAUCACAACCAUGCCAGCUGUGUUUUCAUCCACAAGGGCUGUCUUGUCAGGUCAUGAGGAUACUCACCGAGCCUCUAGUGCAGGCUGGCAGCUGCUUGGUUUAGAGAGAGCAACAUCUUUUGAGAAAAACAACUGCAACCAACCGAGUUACACAGUUCACACACAAAUUGCAAACUUUCAAGCCUGGAUAGAGCAACAUGUGAAAUAG